AGACUUAUGAAGCAACGAUGAAAAUAACUGGUGGCAACUUCUCAACAUAUACCCGGGCUUUGGACAAUAAGACCUCUCCUGAAUAUAAGGAGCUGAAAUACGAAAUAAUAUCUGCGGUGAACAAGACUUACAGGAACUCGGAACUUGCAUCAGUUUACAAGGGAUGUGAAGUUCUUGGAUUUAGAAAUGGCAGCGUGGUGGCUGACUAUCUGAUCCACUUUGAACCAACCAAAAAUGACACUGUUCUUCCUACAGCAAGAAGGAUUUUAACAGAAGGCGUCAACGACACGCGGAAUACUUCGAACUUUAGGGCGUUCAGAGUGGAUAUAGAGACUUUUUUUGUAGAGGAUUAUAACGAAUGUCUAGAUGAGAAAACAAAUGAUUGUGACCAAAAUGCUAUCUGCAAAAACACAGUGGGAUCAUUUGAGUGCUUUUGUAAAGUGGGCUACGCUGGAAAUGGCAAAACGUGUCAAGAUAUUGAUGAAUGUACAAAUACAUCGCUACAUAACUGCAGCUUCAAUAGUCCUGGAGUCACGUGUCUUAACACAUUUGGAUCAUACCAGUGCACUUGCAAAGAGGGAUACUCCGGCGAUGGUGUGACGUGUAACGUGAUCAAUCCCUGUACGUCGGGAACCCACAACUGCCAUCCGAAUGCCACGUGCUACUCGUUAACAGGCUCUGCGUUUAGAUGCAUCUGUAACGAAGAAAUGAAUUACUUUGGAAAUGGAACAUAUUGCUUUGCGGGAUGUCCUACUAAUCACUGCGAAAAUGGAGGAACGUGUAUUAUUUCGACAGUAGGAAACAUUUGCAGAUGUCCACGAGGUUUCUAUGGCGACCGAUGUGAAUUAGGAGCAGAGCUGACCAGUUCUCCUCCCAUAGACUCAGUCAAUAUGUGGUUAUUAGCGAUUGUCCUUGCCUCAGUUUGUGGGAUCUUGUUGUUCGUUUUACUGAUCGUCAUGAUUUGCUGUUGCCGAAGGAGGCGACGUGAUGAUGAUCUACCGGGAGGUACUCCUGUAAGAGCUAAAAAAUAUCGCCCCACUCGGAAAUCUGGAGCCGAGUUUUUUGAAACAAUCGACGAAGACUUCACUAUUCCAGGCAGACGAUUAAGGGCAACUCCACCAUCUGCGUCUUUCCGUGAGGUCGCCAACGGACUGGGAGCUGCUAAUCGCGCUAUGGAACAGCUUUCGAGAGUGGGUCAACAGCAUUCCCAGGCUGUGCAGGCCAGAGGAUCCAUCCAAAACUUGGAACCUUCGUAUGAUGAUCUCGUUUUUGAUGAAUUUCUUGAAAAUGUGGGUCCUUGGAAUGACCUUUCAAGUGGUUCUGAAGGCGCAGCGAACAAUAACAUUUAUGUCAGGGAUUGGGCGUUAUAGAAUGAAAUAUCAUAACAUUGUUAUGUGUAAAAGAGGAUAAACUAUGAUCAGAGUUUUAACCUUUGAGUGAAAAGAAUUCGCACUUUAGAAGUUUUUUUCCAAGUUAAUUCUGUUGUGAACAAUCGCCAUAAGAAUACUUACUUCCAGUUCGAACGAGUAUAACACUUCAUCUCUCCUGGAGAGAGAUUUAUUGCGCUUUUCAAUUUUAGAUUUUUCUGUAUCUAGAAACAUAUUUGUUUUAACUGUUAUUAUACAAAUCUUAUAAAAGAUUUAUUAUGUUACUGUGUAAAAAAGCACAUCUUAGAGUCGACAAGUAAUAUAUAGCUAUUUUUGUAACGUCAAAUGAACGUGUGUAGACAUGUAUCAAGCCUUUCUAUGAAUUAGAGUCCAUUGUGUCACCAGUUUCGAGUUGUAAGUUUUCCAAUAUUUUCUAAUGUAAAAAGAGUUUGAAAGACUAUCAUGCCUCGUGACAAGAAUAGUUGAGAAUGCUUUUGGAUGACUCUGGGAAUUAUAAAAGUAUCGAAAUUUUGUGAAUCAAUGCU